AUGGAGGGCGCCGAGUUGUCACUUUUAAUAGACCGUGAAAAUGACGAUUUCUCUCUGGGUCACCUCUGCAGCCCCACGAGUUUCCCCUGCCCUGGCCACUGUGACCUCAGAGCUGAGGGGGUCUCGAAGAGAGCAGGGGCCUCAGCCCAGUGCCGUGCGGUGCUGUGCGGUGCGGUGCUGUGCUGUGCCGUGCUGUGCGGUGCCGUGCUGUGCGGUGCCGUGCUGUGCGGUGCCGUGCUGUGCGGUGCCGUGCUGUGCGGUGCCGUGCUGUGCGGUGCCGUGCUGUGCGGUGCCGUGCUGUGCGGUGCCGUGCUGUGCGGUGCCGUGCUGUGCGGUGCCGUGCUGUGCGGUGCCGUGCUGUGCGGUGCCGUGCUGUGCGGUGCCGUGCUGUGCGGUGCCGUGCUGUGCGGUGCCGUGCUGUGCGGUGCCGUGCUGUGCGGUGCCGUGCUGUGCGGUGCCGUGCUGUGCGGUGCCGUGCUGUGCGGUGCCGUGCUGUGCGGUGCCGUGCUGUGCGGUGCCGUGCUGUGCGGUGCCGUGCUGUGCGGUGCCGUGCUGUGCGGUGCCGUGCUGUGCGGUGCCGUGCUGUGCGGUGCCGUGCUGUGCGGUGCCGUGCUGUGCGGUGCCGUGCUGUGCGGUGCCGUGCUGUGCGGUGCCGUGCUGUGCGGUGCCGUGCUGUGCGGUGCCGUGCUGUGCGGUGCCGUGCUGUGCGGUGCCGUGCUGUGCGGUGCCGUGCUGUGCGGUGCCGUGCUGUGCGGUGCCGUGCUGUGCGGUGCCGUGCUGUGCGGUGCCGUGCUGUGCGGUGCCGUGCUGUGCGGUGCCGUGCUGUGCGGUGCCGUGCUGUGCGGUGCCGUGCUGUGCGGUGCCGUGCUGUGCGGUGCGGUGCGAUGCUGUGCGGUGCGCUCCGAGCCCCGGGGCCGCACGGGCGGCGCCGCUUGCGGGCAGGCACCGUCGGGGGGCAGCAGCCGCCAGCGCUUGGCAGCGGCGCCCCCGGAGCUGCCCGCGUCCUCCCGGCUGCCGGGAGCCGCACCUGAUCCCCACGGCCCGGCUGCGCUCCCAGCGCCCUCCGCACCGGGAUGCGCGGCGGUGACGCUUUAA